UCGUCUCCAACCGAUGGCAUCGCUCCCGCAACGGACCGUGCUUGUCAUCCGGGCGCUUGCGUCUCUGGGCAAGCCACAGACGGCCAACAACCUGUUCAAGGUCCUUCCGCGGUCUGUCUUCCCCACCCGGGCCUCCCUGCGCGCUGAGGCGCUUGAGCCCGCCACGGCUAUGGGCCUCACCACCAAGACCCGUAAGGUUCUCCCGCGGGUGCCCAAGCGCCCGCGCAAGAUGCACCGCCGUAACCCUCACUACGUGUACAACCUCAAGCGUGACAACCCCGACGUGGCGGCGGUGCUGGAAAAGUACGCGGCGUCCGAUGCCGCAAAGGCAGCAGCAGCAGAGGCUCCGACUACGAGCACGUCGUCGUAG